CCGCCAUUACUGCCGCCGUGGAAUUUUCUGGCCGCCGUGUUCCCACUCUCAGCUUAACAGCAUUAAAAAGCUCUAACUCUCUUUGUUCAUCGGACUUAUAGGUAUGGCAAUGGCGCUCAUGAGGUCAUUGAAAAGCAUCACCACCUCGAACGAGCUACUUAAAGUGGCAGGCUGCAGAACAUUCGCUUCUGGAGGUGCUAAAGGGAAGAAAGGGAAAGGCGGUGCUGGUGGAGAUGCCCCCAAAGCAUCAUUGAUAAGCAAAGAAGUGAAAUCCACUACUGUUUAUGGUGCCAAUAUACUGAAAGAUGGGCAAGACCCGAAAAUCUUGCCUGAUUCCGAGUACCCGGAUUGGCUGUGGCACCUGCUCGACAAACGCCCCGCCCUCAGUGAGCUCAGGAGGAAGGACACUGAAACUCUUCCAUUCGACGAGCUCAAGCGUUUUGUCAAGCUGGAUAACCGAGCCAGAAUCAAGGAGAAUAACAUGCUGAAGGCCAAAAAUUAGGACAGACUAGUUUGUUUUGGACAUGGGUUUUUUUUUACAUCUGUGGAUGAGUUAAUCAAGUUCUAUUUACAAGUAGAUUAGCUCUACAUUUUCCCAUGAGAAAUUAUGUAGUUGAUGUUGAGUGAAUAGCACCUCUAGAAAUGGUUGAUGUUGCUCUCAAAUGAUGUUUUGUAAUGUUUGCUCAAAUUUAUAUGUUGGUGGUAGGGAUGUCUGGUUCAAAUAGGACCACCGGUUAAAA